AUGAGCGAUACUGUAUCCACGAGCAAAGGACGAGGUGCGACCUCGUCUCGUAAGCCAAGACCCAAAAAAACGCUUACAAGGCUAGAGGAAAUGGCUAAGCAAGCCUACGAAACAAAAAAGAUCAAUAGCACCAUAAACAGCGAUGCAAACCUCAGUUUGCGAUCGUUUAAAGGCGUGAAGGCAUCCAGUAAUGAACCCGCAAGUAUGUCUGGGAGGAAUAAAGCGAGUAGCAAUGCGAGCUCGGGAAGCAAAGGGUCAGGAUCUAGGAAUGGAAAGUCGGCGGCAAAAAAGGCUCCUGCGGCAUCUACAAGUAAGCCAAAGGUUGGAAAUGGAACACAUAACAGGAAGGCAAACAACCCUUCUGGGAACAAACAACACGAUUCUCGAAGCGCUUCCAAAGUGUCCCCCGGCUUCAAAAGCUCCAAGACCCACCUCGAUACAGAAUCUAAACAAUUUGCUCAGAAGCAAGCAUCUCGUUUGUUAACUUUCGCAAAGCCGGUGACGGGCGUAAAAGGGCCUAAUACAAAAAGCGGCGACCCAGCCACUAAAAAAUUGGGCAAAGAACUUACGAAGCAUACUAGUGCCAAGGCCAAGUCCAACGCCGCAAGUAACAAAGCCAAAAAGCAGGGCAAGCAAACACCUGGCAAGAAAGAUAUCGAUUCUCCAGCCAAAAAGGGACAGCCUUUAUCUUCUGUUAAAGCUGCUGCUGCGCAGGCAGCGCCGGUAGUUGCUGAUCCGGCGUUAGAGGACUGCGAAGAAGGUGAGCCUUUGAAACGCUUCACAAAGUAUGUGCCCAAAAAAUCGUACCCUAAUCUAGAGGACUACUUCAAUGAGUUUUCGUUCGCUCUCUUUCUGGAAGAAAGAUUGGAAAACGAUUUUUUGCAGGAUUUUGAGAUUACAUGGCCCAAAAGCUCCCAAGAAAAAGCUUUAGUUGUUCAGAUGAAGUCCGAUAGCGAGGAAGUCAAAAAGUUAUUGCCACCCCACUUAGUGAAAUUAGGUCGUCUUCCUUUCACGAACCAACAACCGCUGAUGCUCACCAAUCAGGACGAAUCAAGCGUUUGGUACACUUACGUAAGGGAAUUAGACUCAAAGAAAAAUCGCAUAACAAUUCUUCUAGAGCUCUAUUCAUGGAACAAGGUGCCGCUGCCAAUUAGAGAAGGAAAUAAGCAUUUCAAACUUCUGCCUUGCUCGGCCCAAGUAAACCGAAUCAUGUUCGCCAUGACUAGGGUGCAAAAUCCCAAGUUUAUCAAACUGCUCCUAGGCCAAGAGCGCAUCAAGCAACUAAAUUUCAACAACAGACUACAGUUUACCAAAGAAACGUUUAAUGACUCUCAAAAAGCAGCUAUUCAACAUGUCCUAAACAACAGUGUAACCGUUCUUCAGGGUCCGCCAGGUACAGGUAAGACUUCUACAAUUGAAGAAAUUAUUCUGCAAGUCAUGAACAGCUUUCACACAUUGCCCAUUUUGUGUGUUGCGGCGUCCAAUAUCGCCAUUGAUAAUAUUGCAGAGAAGUUUAUGGUCAAUAGACCAGACAUAAAGAUUUUGCGAAUUUUGUCCCAAUCUAAAGAAGCACAGUAUAACAAUGACCAUAUGUUAGGAAAAAUCUGUCUACACAAUAUCGUCUACGAGCAGUUGCCCACCGAUAUGAAGGACAACAUUAGCAAACUGAGAUCUGGGGUUCCGGGACUCGUUUCCAAAAAUCAGUACAACAAGCUCUUAACAACACAAAACGCAAUUUCGGAUAGGCAUGUGGCACAGGCGCAAAUCAUAUUCACAACCAAUAUCGCCUCUGGUGGGCGUCAAUUGAAGGCGAUCAAAGAGCUGCCAGUGGUGAUCAUGGACGAAUCCACUCAAUCUUCUGAGGUGUCCACGCUGGUUCCGCUAUCUCUACCGGGUAUCAAACGAUUUGUUUUUGUUGGCGAUGAAAAGCAACUAUCGAGCUUCAGCAAUGUGCCUCAACUUGAGAUGUCUCUGUUUGAGCGAAUCCUCACCAACGGUACAUAUGAGCAACCACACAUGUUGGACACGCAGUACCGGAUGCACCCUGCCAUCAGCGAAUUCCCCAUCAAGACAUUUUAUAACGGGAUGCUCAAGGACGGUGUGAGCGCGGAGCAGAAAAGUUGGCCAGGAAUAGCGCAUCCACUUUUCUUCUAUAACUGCAAUGCGGGGCCGGAGAGUAAAGUAUUCAACUCCAAGCGUGGCAUGCGCGGUUUUACUUACAAUAACAAGCACGAGGCCCAGGCAAUCCUGACGAUUCUGCACAAGCUGAUCAUGGACAAGAAAGUAAACAGAGCAGAAAUUGGUAUUAUCACCCCGUACUCUUCUCAGCGAGACUUGAUCUCGGACCUUUUGGUGAAGGAUCCCAUCGUGAAUCCCACGGGCAAAGCCAUGGAACAAGAAAUGGACAAAGACGAUGUUCUCGGCGGUGGAGAAUCUCCUGGAGGGAGCGGCAACAAAGUCACAAUCAACAUUGUGAAUGGUGUUUUUGUCGCUACCGUAGACUCCUUUCAAGGGCAUGAAAAACAAUUCGUCCUGUUUUCGUGUGUUCGGAGCAACAACGAGAAUAAAAUUGGAUUCGUAAAGGAUAGGAGGCGGAUGAAUGUAGCGCUGACAAGGGCCAAAAACGGGCUAGUGGUGGUUGGUAGCAAAGACGUGCUGAGACAGGGCGAUGCCCUAUGGUCUGAUUACGUUGAGUAUUUAGAGACAAAAGGCUUGGUAUUCGAUGCCCUUGACGAGUACUAG